AUGAGUCUUAAGCGAGCCUUCCCCGUGGUACGCUCCGCCCUCUCCCGCCAAGCCCCGCUGUCUACAGCGCCGGCGACCCGCGAGCAGCACGCCGCGGGCCUGGAAGCCGUGCGGGGGCGCGGGGCGGCCGAGGCCGCGCGGCCGCCAGUGCCCGCCGUGGACUUCGGCAACACGCAGGAGGCAUACCGGAGCCGGCGCAGCUGGGAGCUGGCGCGCAGCCUUUUGGUGCUGCGCCUUUGCGCCUCACCCGCGCUGCUGGCGCGCCACGAGCAGUUGCUCCGUCUUGCCAGGAGACUUCUGGGGCAAAGGUUGUUCGACAGGCUGAUGAAGAUGACCUUCUACGGGCAGUUUGUGGCUGGUGAGGACCAGGAGUCCAUCCGGCCCCUGAUCCAGCACAACAGGGCCUUCGGCGUGGGCUCUAUCCUGGACUAUGGUGUGGAGGAGGACCUGACCCCCGAGGAGGCCGAACGCGAGGAGAUGGAGUCCUGUACCUCAGCAUCGGAGAGGGACGGCCAUGGCACCAGUAAGAGGGAGAAGCAGUUCCAGGCCCACCGGGCAUUCGGAGACCGCAGGGAUGGCGUUGUCAGCACCCGCACCUACUUCUACGCCAGCGAGGCCAAGUGUGACAGCCAUAUGGAGACGUUCCUGCACUGCAUCGAGGCUUCAGGUGGUGCCAGCGAGGAUGGCUUCUCAGCCAUUAAGCUCACUGCACUGGGGAGACCCCAGUUUCUGCUGCGGUUCUCAGAUGUGCUGACCAAGUGGAGACGGUUCUUCCACCAAAUGGCCGCAGAGCAGGGCAAGGCCGGGCUGGCUGCCAUGGACACGAAGCUGGAGGUGGCUGCACUGCAGGAAAGCAUGGUGAAGAUGGGCAUCACGUCCCGGAUGGAGAUUGAGAAGUGGUUCACUGUGGAGACCCUUGGCGUGUCCGGCACCCUGGACCUGCUGGACUGGGGCAGCCUCAUUGACAGCAGGACCGAGCUCUCCAGGCACCUGGUGGUCCCCAACAUGCAGACAGGACAGCUGGAGCCUCUGCUGUCGCGGUUCACUGAGGAGGAGGAACGGCAGAUGACGAGGAUGCUGCAGAGGAUGGACGUCCUGGCCAAGAAAGCCAGCGAGGUGGGCGUGCGGCUGAUGGUGGAUGCCGAGCAGACCUACUUCCAGCCGGCCAUCAGCCGCCUGACGCUGGAGAUGCAGCGCAGGUUCAAUGUGGAGAGGCCACUCAUCUUCAACACGUACCAGUGCUACCUCAAGGACACCUACGACAAUGUCACCCUGGAUGUGGAGCUGGCUCGCCGAGAGGGCUGGUGUUUCGGGGCCAAGCUGGUGCGUGGUGCAUACAUGGCCCAGGAACGUGCCCGCGCCCUGGAGAUUGGGUAUGAGGACCCUAUCAACCCCACCUAUGAGGCCACCAACGCCAUGUACCACAGGUGCCUCAACUACGUCCUGGAGGAGCUGAAGCACAACGCCAGGGCUGCAGUGAUGGUGGCCUCGCACAAUGAGGACACCGUGCGCUUCACGCUGUGCAGGAUGGAGGAACUGGGCCUGCACCCUGCCGAUUGCCAGGUGUACUUUGGACAGCUUCUGGGUAUGUGCGACCAGAUAAGCUUCCCGCUAGGUGAGCUGGGCUUCCGGUGGGGGGGCGGGGGGCAGGGGCGGAGGUGCUGGGACUCACCGCCUCCACCCCUAUGUGCAGGACAGGCAGGCUACCCCGUGUACAAGUACGUGCCUUACGGCCCUGUGAUGGAGGUGCUGCCCUACCUGUCCCGCCGAGCCCUAGAGAACAGCGGAGUCAUGAAGGGCGCCCAGAGGGAGUGGCAGCUGCUUUGGCAGGAGCUCAAGCGGAGGCUCCGCACGGGCAGCCUCUUCCACCACCCGGCCUAGUGCUGUGGCCACGUCCCAACGCAUCCUCACCUGGGCUGCGACCACCCAGGGCUACAGCCCGACCCCAACCUCACACACAACACCUUUUACACCCCAGACUGUGAGACCCCGCUGGCCCCUGCCCGUGGGCACCCAGGUGCGGGCUAUUUCCGUUACCUGCCAGAGCUGCUGGGAACUGUCAGAAACCGCCCUCCAGUGAGCGAGCAUGGCUGCAUCUCUGCCCACCCCCACGACCUUGGGCCUGAAGAACCACCUACUGCAGGGUUCAACCCAUGGGCCCUGAGCCCCACAGGUGGGCAGUGGCUGGCUGGGAAAGGUGGCCUGUCAAUAAACCACUGUUUCUGCAGCUAAGA